AUUUAUUCAAGCAAGAUCUACUUCCACUUUGCUCUCAGUCAAGGAGAGGGGAAAAUGAUGUUUGGGCAAUAACAGCUGCUUGGGAAACUAAAGAUUCUGUUCAUCAUAAAGCGACAGCAUCCCCAUUACCUGUCGGAAACGUGUGGUCAGAAAUGGAAGGGAUUUUCCCCCCACAAAACUAUAAAAUGAGUUGCAUUGAUUCUGAUGAUGCCACGUUGCUCAUAGAAGUCUAUAGAUUAAUCUCCCCGAAUGCCAAUGUCCACGUCAGUAGCAUUAGCUCUUUGAUACAUAAAUUUGGGUCAACCACCAUAGGCGCAACAUCGUAUGGCUCAAAACUUGUGCCAAGAAGUAUAAGAUCAAGUAGAAUUUUGGCUUCAUGGCCUGAUAAUCAUGGUGGUGUGAACAAAGAAAUUUUUUCUCUUACUCCAAGAGUUGUACAAUUUUAUUUUAAACAUACGAUAGAAAUGGAUGGCAAAAACGUUAUGCAUAUAUUUGCAUAUGUGAAAUGGCACAAACCAGCAAAUGACAUAAAUGAAAUUGGAAAUCCUGCUCAG